UUUCUUUCUUAUUCUAGAGAAUGUCUUCUACAGAGAAUUUUCGUUACCGUGUCUCAGCUGAUAUUGAUUUAAAUAAUGAUCAGUUAGGUACAUUAAAGGCUAUUGUGGAAACCUUUAUUGCCCCACUUAGCAAAGAGCAAGAAGAUGCACUUGUGAUUAAAUUACAAGCUACACAUACAGAAGAACAAGUCCGUCAAUUUUGUCAAUUAUCCGCCUCCAGCUUGGAGUCAAUCCAAACCACGCGGGGUUUUAUUAACCGCACUGUUUUACCUGAAAAGCGCAAAGAACUUUUGAUGAUCUUGUCUGUUUUAUCUACUCGUGCAGGCACAUUUGCCCUGACAGGUCAUUUCGACGAAUUUAAGAAUUUAUCAAUUGCCGAUCGUGAAAAGGUUAUUUUAAAUUGGAAAAAUUCGUUUUUACCCCAGUUAAGAUUGCUCUACAAGACUUUUCAUUCGUUGGCCUGUCAUCCUAUUUAUGCUGCCCAUUCGACACAAUUGAGCGCCGCUAUGCAUUUCAACCCAAAAUUAGAUGCUCAGUAUGAAAAUAUACCGGAACGUUUGCCUAUGCUCUCACCCAAUGAAAUUGGAGAAGAUGCUACUUUUGAUGUAGUCAUCAUCGGUAGCGGUGCUGGAGGAGGUGUUGUUGCAAGUAAGGUAGCUCAAGCAGGUAAAUCGGUGUUGGUGAUCGAAAAAGGUGAUUAUCAUCAUGAAGACGAGUUCCUUAUGGAUGAAUCUAAAGCCUUGACAAAUCUAUAUGAACACGGUGGCAUUGCACCAAGUUAUGAAGGUUCUGUUUCUAUUUUUGCUGGUAGUGUAUUUGGUGGUGGUACCACAAUCAAUUGGUGUGCAUCUCUUAAACUUCAGCACUUUGUUCGCGAGGAAUGGGCCAAAGAAGGCUUGUCCCACUUUGUGUCUCCCAAAUUUUCUCAAGACCUUGAUCGUGUCUUUGAACGUAUUGGUGCUUCCACAGAAGGUAUUGUUCAUAACAACUCAAAUCAAGUCUUAAUUGAUGGUUGCAAGGUUCUUGGUUAUCCCGUAGCAGAUAUUCCUCAAAACGUUGGAAAUAAUGCUCAUGAUUGUGGCUUUUGCUUUGCCGGUUGUAAAGCCGGUCUCAAGAACGGAUCGAUGAAUACUUGGCUUCGUGAUGCCUACGAACAUAAUGCGAAAUUUAUGGACAAGACCAAAGUAAACCGUGUACUCAUCAAGGGAGGUAAAGUGACAGGUGUUGAGUGUAUUGCCAAUGACAAGAAGUUUAACAUCAAGGCCAGUCAGGUGGUUGUUGCUGCUGGAUCAUUGCAAUCCCCUGGAGUUCUUUUAAGAAGUGGUUUAAAGAACAAGAAUAUCGGUCGUCAUUUAAAAAUCCAUCCUUGUACGAUUACGUUUGGUUACUUUGAUCGUCCUAUUCGUACAUUUGAAGGGUCUAUCAUGACCGCCGUGAGUACUGUCUCUGAAAGUAUCAAGAAUGAUGGUUAUGGUGCUAAGUUGGAAGUGCCUUGUCUCCCCCCUGGUAGUUAUUGCUCUGUUAUUCCUUGGCGUGGAGCUGCGCAUCAUAAAGACUUGAUGAUGCGUUAUGAUCGUUGUUCACCUAUCUUGGUUUUGAGUCGUGAUAAGGACUCCACUGGUGUUGUUCGUUAUGAUGAAAAUGAUAAUUGUGUGGUAGAUUAUGCUCUUUCAAACCGUGAUCGUGAAUCCUUGAUGGAUGGUAUUGAACGUUCUCUUAAUAUCUUGGCUGCUGCUGGUGCACGUGAAAUUCAUACAGGCCAAUUUGGUGUUGAACCUUUCAAUUUUAAGGAGGAUGAGCCAUCUAGAGCAGAUAACCCCAGAUUUAUCCAAUGGAAAGCAAGCGUGAUCAAGUACGGAUUCCCACACGAAGGAGCUGGUGUGUUUUGUGCACAUCAAAUGGGAAGUAAUCGUAUGGGUAUUUCACCCAAGGUCUCUGUGACUAAGCCUACCGGUGAGACUUGGGAAGUAAAAGAUUUAUUUGUUGCUGAUGCAUCCGUAUUUCCAACAGCUUCUGGAGUGAAUCCAAUGGUGACCGUGGAAGCCAUUGCUUUACAUGUUGCAGAUUCUAUUUUAAAGAAUGAAGCAAAGCUUUAAAAUGUUUUUUAUUACGAAUAAAAUAAAAAUAAAUAAUAAAAAAAAAAAAAAUAAAAGAAGGGGAAAUAAUGAUAUGUACUUUGACAGGUCCUUUCACUUUUUUUUUUCUUUUAAUAUCUUGUCUUUUUAG